UCACUCCAUAUCAGCCACUUUCGGGUGUUUGAACCAGUUCCCUGUUGCAAGAGAAUGGACCAAACAUAUUGCCUGUUGGACCAUGGAUUGUUUCCCUCACUCACCUGCCGCCUCACGGAACGUGCACACCUUGGGCCUGUCACCUUUCGCCAUCUCAAUGGUGUCCUUUGCUUCGCCGCACUGGUUUCCAAAAGCCUUUGGGUGCUUGGUACUCAGCUGCACGCAAUCCUUCCGGUCAGGCAGGUUCGGAUAGUCCUCUCUGGGAGCGUCACAUUCGGAUGUGGGGUUCUCCUUUGUCGGUGUCCUCUCGCAAAUGACUCGGCCAGCCGUGACAAGCUGGUUGAACAGCUUGGGGGUGCAGCAGAUGGGCUUGGGGGUGAAUGAUCUCGUCUCCAGUUGCGUUAUGACAGAUUCAUGGAGAGCUGCAUUAGACAGGCCACAGCACAGUACAUGCUUUGUUCUUCACAUAUUACGACGUCAGCGCCUACCAAGAUUGGUGUCUCUUCGCCAGGCACACCGCACUGCAGGCCUCCAGCUGUCCUCCACCUUAUUGUAAAGGCCUGAACCGGCACGAUGGAUGUCGUACGUAUGUGCAUUCGUCGGCUCGUGUUUGCUUUUCGCCGACCUGAGAUGUGUUUCAGCACCGUGUACAUAUCCCAUCUGUCAAAGUGAUGCACGUCGGCGUAGUCGGUCUUGGAUCGCAGCCGCAGUCCACCCACGUGCACGGCUGAGUUCAAAAGCCAUUCGAAUGAGACCUCAUCGAAUCUGGUGAGGCAAAACACAUGUGCAAAAACAUUGGUGCGGGCUGAUUGAUCUCUCUUCUCUGAGUGCGCACUCAUGGUCGCAAUUGAACCAAACGUUAUGAACAUCUGAGACAUCGCAUAAGCACCCAGAGACACAAAACAGAAAACGGAAUAUUCCUAACACUCACGCAUCCUCGUCCUUCUCACAUCCAGCGAAGUCGUUUGAGACCUCUUUCCCAGGGAAACCUAUGCAAGCCGGGAAGGAGAUAGGGAUGAUUUCUCUUUGGCCUUUUACCAGGCAGGGACUCAUUCAGUGCCAAGGCGUGGUAGAUGCUUUUGAUGUUGGACGAAUAGUUUCUCGGCAAAUUGACAUAUCGACCCAUCCAGUCCGCCUUCAUGCCUUUGGGCGUGUGCUCCGCCAAGAUUGCCUCAAAGAGGCCAACGAAUUGGACUUGCACCUGGGUCUCGUAAGGUUUUACCGGUUGCAACACAUAUGAUGGCGUGGAAAAGUCCAUUCCUUACCGGUUCGUAGCAAUCCCGUUCCUUGUCUUUGUGAAAGCCCCGUUUGAGGACCUUUUCGACGUUCUCCCAGUCCUUGGGGCUCGACAAUGAGCAGCCAGCCUUGUAGCCUUCAGAAUAUGGCAGCCCCAGUCGAGCCAGAGCUCCAGCCAGAAUCAAGGCCUGAGCCGCCCCCCUCUGCGAUGCGGACGAGAAUAGAUGGGUGAUAUCAGAGUUCCGCCCUGUCUGCGUGUCUCUGUGCGCUCACUGAUCCACUUACCGACCAGCCGAAGAUGAAGAUUCGGUCCUUCUUUGCCAAGAAGCGAUAGACAGUGCUCAGCCACUUGAUUUGAAGAGUUAUUCAUCCCACAUCAAACGAUGCGAGAAAGAGAGAGAGAGAGAGAGAUCAUGGAUGGACCGAGGGCACUUGGAAGCAUUUUUGCACCUUGUAUCCACGGAUGACGCCUUCAGAGACUUCAUGCCCUGUCAUCGCACUGAGCGGCGCGACGUUCGUGGGACCAAUGCCCACCUUAGUGCUGGUGCCGAUCCCUGCAGCCGGACCGAUACGUACCAUUGGAGCCUGUCUACUGAAGAGCGAGACAAGCACCGUGAAAGUAGAUCUUCCGAUGACUCCAUGGCUGAGCGAUGGCGGCUGCAAUACCUUCCCUGUCGGCUAGAACGCCCAGCUCAUUCCACCACUUGGACAGUCGAGGCAGGUGAGCAUCGGACCUAAGCAGUCCACCAGCCCACACCCACACCCACACUCAAACACGCAGAGGCAGGCCAUCGAGGUCUUUUUGUGCCUACUGUCUCAACUCGCCAAUGCCUUCGGUCCGUCGGAAAAUGUCGGCCAAGUAGGACAGCCACAGCUUAUUACCAUCCGGCGCCACGAUGCGAGAGCUGCAUUCAGCGCCACACACAGUGCAAUGCCAUGCACCACAGACAAGGCAGCACAUAUUUUGCGUGUCUGUGUCACCCCGUUCCGUCGAAGAAGACCGACAGCUGCCUUUCGGGCGACUGGCUUGCAGAGCUUGCCGACUCAGACGUGUCAUGGGUGUCGUUGAGCACUGCAGACGUCACGAACAGCGGCAGAAGGCAAGCGAGAAACGCUCCCACAGAAUAACACGGCAACAGCGUUCUGAAGUUCCGGUGGUUCGCACGGGAGGGGAUGGGCCCCCAGUCUUGGUAUGUAAAUUCAU